AUGUCUACUGUUGCUGCUGCCAUGGUCGACAAGCACACUACGCGGUCGUCCGCACGUCCAUCCGCUUGUCAACUGAACGAUUUUGCAACUCGUGGCUGGGUUUGCGUCCGAAACCUUCUGUCGUCCUCCGAGGUGCGCGUUCUGCAGACGGAAUGUAGUGCUUUGUACUCGAGUCAGUCCGCUGAGACUCUAAUCGCCCAGGGCUGCGUCGUGGAUGUCCUGGCACACAGUCCGAUCCGGGAAUCCGAUAAGGCGCGCGUCGACUCUAAGUGCUACUUGGAAUGCCGUGCUAGAGCAACGAAUCGGUUCGACAUGGAAAAGGAGCGGGUAUUGGCUUCGUUGCUGUUUGAGAAGCUGCCGACGAUUGCAGCGCAGAUGAUGGCAGGCCGUAAUGAGUCCGAGACAGAGAGCCCCGUCUUUUUUUUCAAUGAGCACUAUGUCGUCAAACCACCGAGAAGUCACGUCGAGUUUCGUUGGCAUCGUGACGGCGACGAGCAACUUGCUAUGUGUGUGCACCGAGAGUCGAUCGGUGAGUACGUGUCGGCGUGGUGUGCUCUCGACAAUGUAACCAGUGUGAAUGGGGCGCUGCAGUUCGUGUCAUUAGACGCGUCGUUGGAAACGAAUGAAGACACGGAUGCAGCCUUGCAUCGCCAAGCGAGUGCGCCCGUUGCUGUUGAAGAAGGGGACGUUUUGUUCUUCUUGUCGAACGUGUGGCACUACUCUUCAAGCAACGAGUCGGACAGUGCCCGCCGUGCAUUUUACGCGCAGUACUCGCGCGAGAGGAUUACGUCCAGACGAAACAGCUCGUCGCCAUUGAGUUUUGCGAUUCCGUGCACACGAACGAGUUUGACGUCGACGGUGAGUGCGCCGACUGGGUAUCGUGAGCCGUAA